GUAUUGAAUAUUCGUUAGAAUUUCACGCACAAGAGAAUUCACAAUUUGAACUGAACUCGUUGCUGGCUCUAUGAAAACUGAUUCUCGUCGGGUAGACGCAUGAAAGGAAGGAAAAAAAAUUUCUUUUUCAUUCGGUCGGUUUGUGCUCGUUGUACUGCUGCUGCUGCUGCUGUUGCUGCUGCUGUUGCUGCUGCUGCUGGUGCUGCUGUCGCUGCUUAUGUGUCUCAAGUUAUGGUGUGUGUGUGCAUGACGGUCUCUCUCUCAUGCUGAUACUGCUGUAUGCCAAAUCGAGUUAUCGAUCGCUUUGUGCGCGCUCCCUCGCUCUUUCUCUGCCUGCAUUGUACAUACAAUGUACAUGCUUCAUGCCUUCGCUCCAUCUCAUUUGCGUUUUUUGAUUGUACGGUUGCGUUUACAGUCCCCCAUACGCGUGCACAUACAAAUGCUCGUUUGUGUGACACAGUGCGGCCAUUGUACAAUAGAUGUCGGUGGUGUUGUAGGAUGCUCCGUUUAAUGGCACACAGUUCGACACAUUCAGUCGUACAAUAUGUGUUGAAUUGCCGUCGCCACUGAAUUACCACUCGGUGAAACGUCAAAAUCAAACGCUUUUUUGCCUCUGUAUGUGUCUGUCAACGAUUCAGAACCGUAUGUUCGUUGUUCAUUCUACUUGUAUCGAGAAGUUUCUGUUGUCACAACAAAAACGCAUUCAAAUCACAAACAAAACAGCACCGCUCUUUGUUUCAUUUCGACAAGGCGACGAAGAAAGCAAUUGUCUUUAGUGGUGUGAAUUGAAAAAACAAACAGAAAUUUUUAUUGUGAAAAUGUCUGAAUCAGAAGAGCAUCGAUUUGAUUCGGUUUUAUUGGCGCUAGCCGAACAACACAAAGGUGGUGUUCCAGAGUUACUCGGUACUUUGGCUGGAUUUUUAGCACGCAAAACAGACUUCUUUGUUGGUGGAAAAGACGGUGAAUGGCAAACGCUGUUGCUAGGUAUUUUCGAAGAGCAAGCGAAAAAGGCACAGGACGAACAUAGAAAACAACGUGCUGAACGUGAAGCCGAGGAAAAGAAACGAUUAGAAGCUAAACGACGCAAAGAAGAACAAUUGAAGAAGGAAUCGUCGGCUAUCUAUGAGGUGACCGACGAAGAAGCCGCCCGACUUCAAAAGGAAAUCGAUGAUUCAAAGGAUAAAAAGCAAGCUGUAGCCACAAUGCCAGAGUCUGAACUAUCAAAACCACUCGGCGAUGAAGCUGACAAAGAGGACGGUGACAAAGAAAAGGAUAAAUUGAAACCAAAUGAAGGCAAUGGCUGUAAUUUAGAGCAUUACAAAUGGACACAAACUCUGGGCGAAGUUGAGUUGAAAGUGCCAUUGACGAUAACAGUGCGUCCACGUGAUGUGACGGUGAAAAUUGGCAAGAAAUCUCUGUACGUCGGCCUAAAGGGACAUCCAGCGAUAAUCGAUGGUGAACUUCAUGGUGAAGUGAAGACCGAAGAAUCGAUGUGGGUGUUGCAAGAUGGUAAAGAGAUUGUCAUCAAUUUGGAAAAAUUGAAGGGCAUGAAUUGGUGGAAUCGUCUGGUGUCCACCGAUCCAGAGAUUUCAACUCGCAAAAUCAAUCCGGAACCAUCGAAAUUGUCCGAUUUGGAGGGUGAAACGCGUGGCCUAGUCGAAAAAAUGAUGUACGAUCAACGGCAAAAGGAGCUUGGUCUGCCAACCAGCGAAGAGCAGAAGAAACAAGAUGUUUUGAAAAAGUUCAUGGAACAACAUCCCGAAAUGGACUUUUCCAAAUGCAAAUUCAACUAAACUUCAUACUCAUACGCUCACACAUAAGUUUUCCAUUUUCGAAAAAAAAAAAAAACAUUCAGCCAAUUUCAUUAGACUGAAUAUGCAUGAAAACCAAAAAAAAAAAACGCUACUUUCACUUAUAGAAAUGGCCUUUUUGAUUGUGCACCAAAACACACGGAGCUUAGCUACAAAAAACCAUCAAUAAAAGUUCUUUUGUUACUUACAUUUUGAAUGAAGAAACCAA